CCUAUCAUGAAUGUUUGUUAACGCACCGAGAUCGGGACAAAUCAGCGGAUAUCCGACUGUUAUCUCGGAGAUUUUGUCACCGUGGGAACCAGAUGAAACGCCUGGAGUUCGUUAUUGGCAUGCUUGCUCUUUGACGCGAUGGCACAUACGACAGAGCAGAUUUAGAUGCACCUGGAGCGAUUCAGGGUGCAGGUGGAGAACGGGUUAAGCAUAUUGCUUCUGCCGAAUGUAGUGCUUACAGCCUUUUCCUUCGAGAAAGCCGGCACCAUAAUCACGUCACGACGAUGUCCGAGUGAUGAGAGGGAACGAACGGACUGUGCAGUUCAAUGACUACGUUUUACAGCUCGUCACAACGUCGGACGAAGAUUACAUGAAAUCGACGACUAUAAUAAAACCGGAAGCAGCAAAAAGGCAGAAAUAAAACAAUUGAAAGUCUGUGAUGGGCACACGGCGGUCCCAGCGCUUCAAAAUUCCGUUCCGCCAUGUCCCCCACCACACUCAAGGGCGCUUUCAAGGUCCAAUCUACUCCUUCAGCUUGGUACUUUCCCUUCGUCCGUGUCUGAAGCGCUGAAGAGCAGGAUCAUGCCCCACCAUUAGUUCAAUUACGGCUAACUGUAGGUCAAUUAUGUAUCCCGACAACAACUACCUUCAUCUACACACCCCUACGCCCCUUCCCUCCUCACGGCAUCAUCCGCGUCCCCAUGCUCUUGACCCUAACUUCCGCUUUUCCCCUGCCCCGCCUCAGCCAAACUUUCAUCCACAUCAGACUUAUACCGCACCACCCUAUCCAAACAGUCAUGUCCGGUCAAACACCCUUCCAUUCAACGCCGAGAUUCUGAAUCUUCACUCAAGGCAUAACCUGCCUGUCCUGAACACUUCCCAGGGGCCAAAGUUUAACGGGAGCCACGUUUCUGCUGGAGUUUAUAUGCCCAAUGGAAAGCCGAUAACGUCUGUUUUCACCCCUCAGACUCUUACGCCGGGCCUCACACCGCCUCCAAUUGGAAAAGCGUGGACAUGCGAUCCUUCGACUUUAAGCGUGAUCUCACCUUUGAAUCUCAACGGUCCCAACUCUUUUCCCGUGUCUUGGCUACCCCUUUCGCUCGAUUCACACUCUCAGUCCAAAGGGGCGUCCGCUUCACAGCCCUUGGCUUUGUCGCAUGCUCCGCACAUAUCAGAGUGGAGGUCAGGCAGUAGUCCGGGCGCUCAUGAUGGAAGGAAAACGAGACUUCACUACUACGAUGAUCUCUCAGAGAAGGGACACAAAGGGUUGCGAGGACGGGUAGGCGGUCCACCAAAAGCUAUACUUGGAGGACCGGGAGGCAAGACUUUUGACGAGAUGAUGGCGGAGAAAGAGAAGAGUCAAAGCUCUGUCAAGCCUUUGUCCACAGAUUCGCCUGCGACUACCCCCGCUCAAGAGCUAAAACCUACAACACCACCUCCUGGUGUCGAGAAAACCAAGCAAACACCAACCGAGCCUAUUAUACGCAAGAACAAAGACACCGUGAUCCCCAUGCCAUGUAAACAGAACAAUCCUGCCUACUCGCCUCCUUCAACUUUACACGACAAGAAUGAAGACGAUGCAAAGUCGGAUACGUCGGGUGAACCUCGCUUACUUCACAUGGAAGCCAUUCCUUGGCCGCCUUCCCAAUUCUUAGCGUCUGAGGGGACCCCCUUACCUAUAUCGCCGAGUGACCUUACGCAUGAGAGCUUGGGAGACGCCGUAAGCGAAGCCUUAUUUCCCUCGGUUCAAGGUGAUGGAGGUCACAUAUGGAAAGGCAAGGACAAAUGGGGAAGUUUGGAAAGGGAAAGACACAAAGGAGAAGAUGAGCAUAAAGAAGUGCCCGGGAUCUUCCCCGAAGGAGAAGUAGCUGGGAUGCUGCCAGCGAUCUCGGAUGGCAGUGAGGAAGAAAGGAUGCUAGAGUCCAAUCAGCGCGGGGGUUCCGCUGACAUGGUGGACAAGGCCACGAGCCCAAGGAACGUUAAUUGCGUGAUGGGAGAUCAUGAGUCAAAGGGUGUUUGCACCCAAAAAGUCUCACUAGUGCCUGGUGAUGUUGGCCUUACCGCCUGUUCCCCAUCAAAGACGUCCUUCCCUCUCUCCACUGAAAGUUUUUCCGAAGAACACGCUCAGCUCGCGGCCCCAGACAGAUAUCACCCUCCUAUCGAUCCUGCACACGUCAACCAUAUCCAUCACGAUCAUUCCCGUGUUUCGCCACCCAAUACUGAGAGGAGCAUGGAUUCAUCCACCUCGAGCAAGAGAUCGUUCAACGCCAUGACUGGUGCCUUCGCUAGACGACAGUUGGGUGAUAUCCUGAAACCCAAGGCGAAUAGAGAUGGGAAGCCCAGGGUGAGCUUGCGACUGUCAGCUACACCCGAUGUCGGCAGACCUCCGCUCUCCCCCCAGGAUCCCAAUAUCGUUCAACACCUUGAAAGAAUCAUUGAUCAACUCAAGAAUGAGGGUUGUAAUGCGUAUACGGAGAAAGGGUGGGAUAAUGAUGAGAAUGAGAAACUAUUCUCGGAGGACAAGCAUGAGAAAAGUGGACGGACAGAUGCGACUGUUGUGGAGCACGUGGAAGUUGAGAGUAUACAAGCGCAGCCGCCAUCCCUAAGAGAGGUUCGCUGUAAAGGGUUAGAAUCAUUUCUGGGUCACAAGGCAGAGCCAAAACAAGACUUGGCCCAGCAACCACCAAGACUUGAAGAAGUUCGACAGAAGGUUCUGAAUUCAAUGAGAACUAGAUCAGAUGGCGCCCAAUCAGUACAGCCUCAAUCCAGCACAGAACCUGGCAAAGCCAAUUCUCCCAUUGUAGAUCUCCACGGAAGCUUACAAGAAGGAGAGGCCAAAAAGAUUUACACGUAUCAAGAGAAAAGCACCCCUUCUGAAAAUAACCCGCCAUCAAAGCGUUUACGACCGACCGCUGAACCCUGGCACCCCUCUCGUGCAUUUUCAUCGAAUGAUGCUAUCGCCAGCAGUAUGCUCGGACUUUCCAUUUUGGACCAAAAGCGAAGCUUACGACCUACAGCAGCAACUUUCACACCCUCUCAGGUGAAGAGCCUCAUAUUCGACGCUUUUCCCAGAAGUGAGGAAAAUGAAUCUGCAUGGGAAAAGCGAUAUUUCCGGGUGUCUAGCUCGGCCUCGUCAAAUCCGACGAACGAUUUGCGUCCAGCAGCAGCUGAAUUUGUUCCCACCAAUCCCCAUGUAUUCCAGCCUCGAUUAACCACAUUUACCUUUGCUUUUCCUCCAGCUGGUGUGCUUCAAGAUUCAGAAUACCAUCAUCAUGCAUUUGCCACCCCCGGUUUUAUGCAACAUGAGCCCAGUUCCUGUCCUGGCUUUCCUGCUCUUGAUUACGAGGUGCCCCAAACAAAACUGGAAAGUUAUGCUCCACCUUUUAUCAGAGGAUCAUCCACAUCCGGCGAGUUCAAAAUCCGCGCUACAGCUCCACCCUUUGUUCCUUCCGACUUGUAUUCUAGUAUCAGUUCUUCCCCUGCUUUCCCAUCAUCGCGCGCCUUGUCGGCCACUCCCUUAGCGACUGCCACAAAGGUCAGGACUACUGCUGCCGUAUUCGUACCUGCCAGUGCCGUCGCAAUUGGAAGCGCAUCUCCUGCUAGUCCUUCACUAGCGCAUCCAGUGCAUGAUGCGGGUCGCUCCGCUUCAGCCACCCUUAUCAACGACGACGAUCGACGCAUACGUGACCUUGAGGGACAUGGAAGGGGAAACACCAUACUAGGUGAUUCUGAAAGCUCUAUCAAUGCUCAGAUCUCGGGACAAACAAAGGGCUCAACUCAAACUUCCCCCGGGAUAUCACCAAAUCCAGCCAUCAUCGGAGCUUUGUCUGAAGCAGAUACACCAGCUUCGAAAGGCCAUAAGUCCAGACUAGAUAUAUCGCAUGUGGAAGUUGAAAAGACUGUUAUUCAAGUUGAGGCCGAUGAGCUUGUGAGCGGGGAGAUUGGGUUGCAUACGAUCAAUACCUUCUGUCGCGAGGAAUCCCCCAUGCCUUCAGUGGCUUUAGACUCGACUGUCGAUCUAUCGGUUUCUAUUCACAAGAAUGAUCCUGGUAGCUGGGAAUCGGACCUCACUCCGGGUACUACCAAUCAACAGCCUAGCCAGCGUGAACAAAACUCCGAUCUAUCCCGUGGUACUCCUGGUCUGUCCUCUGGAGGUAACGAAGUUAUUGUCCCUCUUGAGGAUAUUGUCAUCCACCCCUCUCAACCUACACAAUCUCCUCGCACGACCCCUAUCUUGCGGGAUGUCGAGGUAGAAAGCUUUAAUGUACCUGAUGUACCACAUUCUGCCAGCACUGCCCAUCCCCAGUACAUGGAGAAUGAAGUUGAUUCAGAUGUCAUUAGAAAGGAUGUUGAUCUGAACCCAGACGUCAAACCGUUUGAGUUCAGUUUUCAAUUCUCCGACCCUUCCCCAGAGUAUUUUGCUACCCAAGAGGUAGGGGAUCCCGAUGAGAACAAAUUCACCGCUGUUGAAGAACUUUCAGAACGUUCCUUACCAGGGUCAGCCCAGUCAACGUCGUGUCAGCUUUCCCCUUUGGAAAACGAAGAUUUCGAUCGUCGUAUCCGAUCAGCUGCGCCUAGUCCUCAGAUGAUCUGGGAAGAGCCAGAUGGCCGGAACGAUCGACUUAACCCUCCUUCCAGUGAAGCCUCGCAUUGUUUGAUGGAAGAUGAUCAUCACAGUCUCCACAGCCUCGCCAAUUCACUUGCUGCCCACCCUCGACCACCUGAUCUGUCUAGUGUCUAUCCACAAAAGGAGAAGAUUGGGCCCGAUGCAGAAUCACAUUUAUACGGGUUCGAUGCCAGCGCUGUACCGGGAGAUCUGGAGCUGCUCAAGAAGCAGGAAGAGAGGAAAGACAGUUGGGAAUGGAACUUGGGAAGCUUGGAAGAGGGGAUUGUUCAGGCUUUCGACAAACUCUUGAACCAACAGCACGGGCAAGGUACUGGCUCGCUAGCAAACGUAUUCAACAUUUUGGAACAGCAAGGUCAACUUUUGAGGAGUCUACAAGGCACAUUAUCUAGAACGGAUGAGUCUCUAGUAUCAGAGGAACACAAAUCUAGUUCCCAAGAACUUUUCACUGCAAUCCUCACCAGCCAACACGCUAUCCUGUCCAAGUUUGACGAGGUUGCUUCGAUCCGCUUGAGCAGUACCGAUGACCUCCACGCAGCUAUUGCCGCCCUUCACAAUGCCGAGGACGCUGCCAAUGCCCGAACCCGCAAGACUGAGGAACAAUCUCGAGAGAUUGGAGCGUUAAAAAUCAAGGUGGAGGAAGCCACUGCCUGCGAUGUGAAAUUACGCGCCGAAGUGGACGAACUCAAACAAAGGUUGAGAGACACAAGGCAAAAGCGGGAUGAACUGUGCAGCAGCCUUGAAGAAAAGGAGAAUAGAUUGAAGGAUGCAAUGAGGGAAAAGAUGAGAGCCGAUGAAGAAACGGGCAGGCUUGUGACCCGAGCGCUUGCGGCUGAAUUGGAAACGGAUGUUCUGGCAAGGUCUUUGGUUGAGCUAAGAGAAGAGAGAAAAGAUGCUGAGAGGGAGAGAGAGCAAGUCCGACGUGAGGCUGCACAUGAUAAGUUACGUUUGGAAGCCAAGAUAUCGGAGUCAGAAACGUCCCGCGUUGAAAUUAAGAAUACCCUCUAUGCCACCCAAAAGGCUUUGGAAGAAGCUCGCGCAACUCUGCAGGCUCCGCCAGCUUCCUUAUCGCCCCUCGCAACUGCGUCAGCUCUUGCGGAAGUGGGUCAAGCAGCCAAUACUUUCCAUGAAGAGGUGCUCAGUAGGAUGAGCCACUUGGAUGAUGAAAUGCACGAAACUAUGGGAUCUAGAGUGAAGGAGUAUGAGAAUGUACUGGAGCAGAAUAGAAGGUUGUUGGGAGAGCUUGAUGGCUUACGGGAAAAGCUUGAAAAGUCCACUAGCGACCACGUCAGCCUUGAGAAAAAGCUCCUGCCACAGUUGGCAGCUCUUGAGGCAAAGGAAAAGUUCAACGUCGGAAAGUUGGAAAUUGAAGCCAAGAAAGCGGAAGAGUCGGAGAAAAAAGUGGCGGGAAUGCAGAUGCAUAUGACGAAGAUGCAAGAGCAGCUGAUAAGAUGGCAGAUUGAAGUGGCUACCAGGCAAUCGGAGGCGAGUAUGAACGAGAUUCGACUCCAGACUAUUAUCCAAGAAAGCACGUACUGGCGUGAAUUUGCCCUCAAUACUGACCGUCGCCGAUUCAAGACAUACAUCGCCUCCAAGCCCUUUGAAAGUCGAGACCAGUCGCCCGUUGAUACAUCUCAAACCCAAAGAGCAGUCUCGUCUCCUUUACCCUCGUUGGUCGAGAAACCUAGUCAACCAGCUAGUGUCAUAUCUGGCAAUGCUCUUUAGACCAAAUUGAUUCAUUGACGAUACUUUUCUUCGUGAUAUCAGAAAAAAUGAGUAUUCCCGCCAUUAAGUUGUCCUUUAGCACAUAUAUCUACAACAGUGCUGCCCAGUCAUUCAUUAACUUCUGGAACAGAUUUUUUUAUUUCGUUUCUAAUUCAUUAUUAAUAUUUAUCUACAUUUCUCUCACUAUCUUUUGUGUGUGGGGCGAAAUUAUUGAU